UUAGUCCGUCCGUCUCACGUUCUCAUAAUAUACCAUAAAUCACCUGCUUACAUAUCGGAACAAAGUGCGAUAAGGUUACGGAAAACGGAAAUUUCUAAUAACUACGGUAUCAUCGAUAGAAACAAAUCGCGCGCACCGAAGAAACACGAAAGAUAUCAGAAAUUUCUGGGAAUAACGUUUGAUCAAUCUUGCCGAUACAGCUUUCAGAGUUCACGACUGAUAUUUUCAGUUAAUUUUGCAGAAAAAUUCUUGUGUUUAUGUACAUAAUAGUUUGGGUUUUUUACAUCACGAUUUGGUUAUAGCACCAACCAACCAACGCUUUGGUUAUCAGCUCAUUAUCUUUCGAAAGAAUUCUGAGUCAUUCACACUUAAUCACGCACAUGUGUAGUAGCUAAUUCUAUUUUUUUAAUUUUCCGACUCACAAGUUUCUUCAUUGACACUUUAUUUGAGCAUCACAUAUAUGUACAAGUAACAUUGUACUGUGGUUGUAUAUAUGUGGUUGGAUAUAUGAUACAUAUAUAUGUGCAGCAGAGAACUGAAGGCCAGAUUAAUCUCUGCUCUGAAAUGUAUAAAUAAAAUAAUGUUGAGCUGUACAACCAAACAUAUUUUGCACUGCUGUUUGCUGCUUGUGGUCAUACUGAUAUUUGAGUUUGUGUCCGGUGGUCUUCGAUGGAAUGCGGAUGAAAAGGAGAAGAUUGAUUCAUGGAGGAGAUAUGGUGUUAUCGGUGCAAUCACUUUGUAUCUGCUGCGUACACUGACGUUUCUCUCUCUGCCUCAAGUUUUAUUCAAUUUUGUUGGAUUAACAAUAUAUAAUGCAUUCCCUGAUAAAGUAGUUCUAAAAGGUUCACCUCUGCUUGCGCCCUUUGUAUGCAUAAGGAUAGUUACUCGAGGUGACUAUCCACAGUUAGUAAAGACAAACGUGAAGAGAAACUUGAACAAAUGCAUAGAGGCUGGUCUUGAGAACUUUCAGAUAGAAGUAGUAAGCGAUAAACCAAUAGGUUUAACGCCGCAUCGCCGAGUGCGAGAAGUUGUUGUUCCUCCGAAUUACCGUACAAGCAGCGGCGCCUUGUUUAAAGCCCGUGCUCUGCAAUAUUGUCUCGAGAACUCGGUAAAUGAGUUAGCCGAUCACGAUUGGAUUGUUCAUCUCGACGAGGAGACUCUGAUGACUGAAAAUUCUGUCCGCGGCAUACUGAACUUUGUACUAGACGGCAAACAUCAGUUUGGCCAGGGAUUGAUCACAUAUGCCAACGAGGAUGUCGUGAACUGGAUCACAACACUGGCUGAUAGUUUCAGAGUAGCGGAUGACAUGGGAAAGCUUCGAUUACAAUUUACCAUGUUUCACAAACCGUUUUUUAGCAUGAAAGGAUCCUACGUUGUUACACAAAUGGGAGCAGAAAAGCAAGUUUCCUUCAACAACGGACUGGACGGAUCCGUCGCGGAAGACUGCUUCUUUGCUAUGAAGGCGUUUUCCCAAGGAUAUACAUUCAACUUUGUGGAAGGCGAGAUGUGGGAGAAAUCACCAUUCACGUUAUGGGACUUUGUACAGCAGAGAAAGAGGUGGCUACAAGGUAUACUGCUUGUCGUGCAUUCCAAAGCAAUUCCACUAAGAAAGAAACUGUUGUUGGGUAUUUCGUGUUAUUCGUGGGUGACGAUGCCUCUUUCCACUUCCAACAUCGUCCUAGCCGGAUUGUGUCCGAUUACCUGUCCGCCAUUGAUCGACUUCUUAUGCGCGUUCAUCGGCGCGGUGAAUAUUUACAUGUAUGUAUUUGGAGUGGUCAAAUCGUUCUCCCUUUAUCGUUUCGGCGUGGCUCGAUUUAUGCUAUGUAUAUGCGGUGCGUUAUCCACUAUUCCGUUCAACAUCAUUAUCGAGAACGUUGCCGUAAUAUGGGGCGUGUUCAGCAAGAAACACAAGUUCUACGUCGUCAACAAGGAGUAUAGGCCGCCAGUAACCGUCUGAUACGCUGUCGCUUGCGAACUGUUAUCUAACCGACGCGCAUUCAGCAGCAUCACAAAAUUUCCAUUGUGCAUGCAUAUAAUUAGUACCUGUUUCAUUUAUGUAGGGAGAAAUACCAGUGUCACAAAACAAGUAUUUAUGAUUAGUAUUAUGUAUGAUAUUACGCGUGAAAUUCUUAAAAAGGAUUUAUCAAUGUUUUUUUAAAACAAAUGAACGGUAUAAAGUAUAUAGCAAUAUAGAUGCAGUAUUAAUUUAUAUUCUAUAUAUAUGUAUUGGCAUUCAGAUGACGCAUUGCCAAAUUUGUCAAGAAUAUUUUUACUUAUCAGAAUCACUAUAUACAUACAUACGUAUGUGUGUGUCCUCUUAUAGCGCAGGUCAUUAUUAUCAUGCGUUACAUACAUUUUGAUCUCAUGAAAAUGUCAUUCACACUUAAGUAGAUAACAUUCUACAUGUUCCUGUUUUUACAUUGAAUUUAUAUGUAUUUAUAAAUUUUAAUGUAAUUUUUCCCAUGUCACAUAUAUACCUAUUCUUCUCGUGUUCAGAAACAAUUGCUUCUGCCAUACACUAAUGUAUUUGAUCAAUGUUGUACUUUAUGAAGUGUUAUGCAUACUGAUAACAAUUUCAGAAAUAUCUAGAUUACUUUUAACUUAACUAUAAGUCGUAUAAUUCGGACAACUGUGAUAAAUCUUAUUUUUUAUAUACUAAUUCCUGUUAUAUAUACAGAGUGUAAGUCCGGUAAUAGUCGUACAAAAGUUCUUUAUCACUUUGCAAGAUUCGCAAUAAUUAAACGAGUUCUUAAUUAAUUUAAAGAUCCGCGAAUGAGCAUCCACUACGUGCAUAAAACAGCCAGGCAUUUCGCGCGCUUGUGAUUUCUACGCGCGCAGCAACUCAAUGAGAAGAGUUAAUAUAAACAGCACGUUGCGUAUGUAGCUCCUAUAAGCAUGCAAAGCGCUGGGCUUACGCACGUAGAUUCACGCUCAUUCGCGGAUCUUUAAAUUGAGAACUUAUUGUGAAUCUUGCAAACUGGUAAAAAACUUUUCGACUCAGUAUAACUCUUUCUAUUUAUCUACAAACGAUUGUACGGCUAUUACUUGGCUUCUGUAUGUAUAUACAGGGUGUCCCAAAAAUUUUGACCAAGCCGAAGUGUGAAGGUAG